CCCUUGUGGAAUGCCAGGGCUUCGAAAGCAAAGGGGCUGGAGCAGGGCACAGCAGCAUUGCUGGAGUCAGGUGCUUCCCAUUUGCUGCCCCCAGUACCACCCAUGGCAGCCUCAGCCCUGUCUGCUGCCAAAAAUAUGCCCCUGGCUGUCUUGUGACUGCAGCAGUGUCACUGCUCUGGCCAGGGGAGCUUCAAGGCACAGUCUUCUGUCACAUGGAGCAACACGGGAAGCACUGACAGCGUCACUGACUGAGGGGUUGGCCACGGCCCUGCAACGUGUGCGUGGUCCAGCUCCCCAGAAUAGCUGGGACUCUUUCAUCCGGGCUGGUGAGCGUGGGACCUGACCCCCAUGGAAUGGCAGGCACCUGCCCCAGGUCUGCCCUUCUCUGUUUCAGCUCUGACAGACCCCUGAUAGGUGCUGGAGAGGGGUCAGUGGUGUGGGGAGGGAUGUCAGCAUGGGCUGUGGGGACAGGGUGUGACAACCCGCCACACACACUGCCUUGUUCCCACCAGGAAACCACCACUCCCAUCUCUGCCAGCCCUGCCGUAACCAGAGCCACUCUUCUCCUUUCCAGGUGUCUCUUAAAAAUGGUCAAGGGGAAUAUUAUAGUCCCUGAAGACAUCUUGAGCUUCUGUUGCAAUGGCCUCCAGGGCUCGACCUCUCCACCACGUCCCCGAGAGCCAGAGGAGCGGGAGGAGGCGCCGGGGGCCAUGGCGAGCCCCUCGCCUGCCCGCAACCCCACCGAGGUGCAGAUGAGCCAGCUGGUGCUGCCCUGCCACACCAACCACCGCGGCGAGCUCAGCACCGGCCAGCUGCUCAAGUGGAUCGACACGGCCGCCUGCCUCUCCGCCGAGAGACACGCUGGCUGCCCGUGCGUCACGGCUUCCAUGGAUGAUAUCUAUUUUGAGCACACCAUUAGCCAGCCGUCUGUAAGCCCUGCUGGGCAGCGGGACGGGAGGAGCGGUGUCGGCGUUGGGCAAGUUGUCAACAUCAAAGCCAAAGUGAACCGAGCCUUUAACUCCAGCAUGGAGGUGGGCAUCCAGGUGAGCUAUGAAGACCUGUGCAGCGGGAAGCACUGCAGCAUCUGCAAGGCGUACGCCACCUUCGUGGCACAGGGCCCCUUGGGCAGCAAGGUGAGGCUGGAGCCGCUGACCCCGCAGACAGAGGAGGAGAAGAUCGAGUACAGCAUCGCCGCCGAGCGCCGCCGCAUGCGCCUGGUGCACAAGGACACCCUCAAGGACCUUCUCACCAGCAGCCCCCAGGAAACUGAGCGGGAGACGCGGGACGGCAGCGAGGCGGUGCCGGCGGAAAGGACACGGGUGGAGAGCGUGGAGCUGGUGCUGCCUCCACAUGCCAACCACCAGGGCAACACCUUCGGUGGGCAAAUCAUGGCCUGGAUGGAGAAUGUGGCCACCAUUGCAGCCAGCCGGCUGUGCCAUGCCCACCCCACGCUGAGGGCCAUUGAGAUGUUCCACUUUCGGGGACCAUCCCAAGUUGGAGACCGCCUGGUGCUCAAAGCCAUCGUCAACAACGCCUUCAAAAACAGCAUGGAGGUGGGGGUCAGCGCUGAGGCCUAUGGCCAGGAGAUGUCCAUCAGCCGCAGGCACAUCAACAGUGCCUUCAUGACCUUCGUGGUGCUGGACGAGGAGGGGCAUCCCCGCACGCUGCCCAUGGUGGCACCCGAGCCAGGGGAUGGAGAAAGGAGGUACAGAGAAGCCAGUGCUAGGAAAAAAAUUCGGCUGGACCGAAAAUACGUUGUCUCCUGCAAACAGACCGAGGUGCCACUCUCCGUGCCCUGGGACCAAAGCAACAAGGUUUAUCUGAGCUACAACAACGUGUCUGCGCUGAAGAUGCUCGUGGCCAAAGCGAACUGGGUGCUGGCCAGAGAAAAGGAGAAGGUGCGGAUGUACACGCUGGAGGAGGACAAGUUCCUGUCCUUCCGCAUCGAGAUGUCCGUGUGCAUCACGGCCAGCCGAGCCUUCUCCCUGCUCUCCAACCUGCGGCGCCGGCACGAGUGGGACAGCCACUACGUGAGUGCUGAGCUUGUCCAGAAGGUCGAUGACGACGACAUGAUCUAUCACGUGGUGAGCCAGAAGCUCAGAAAUGAGAAAAAACCACAGGAUUUCGUUAUCCUGGCGUCUCGGCGCAAGCCCUGCAGCAAGGGGGACCCCUACGUGGUGGCCUUUCGGUCGGUGACGCUGCCCACCCACCCUGCCAGAGCCGAAUUCACGCGGGGGGAGACGCUCUGCUCCGGCUUCUGCAUUUGGCCAGAGUCAGAGGAGAUGAGCAAGGUGGCUUAUUACAACCAGGCUAUGCCGGGGUACCUCAACUAUGUCACCACCAACGUGGCAGGACUGUCCUCUGACAUCUGCUCCACCUUUGAAGCCUGUGAGAAGUUCCUGCUGAAGAACAAGCAGGACCUGAUCUCACGGCUGCAGGACUUCUAGAGUCACGGCCCCCUGCUGACAGACAGACAGACAGAUGAGGGGACACUUCUGUGGUGGAAGGGAACGUGGGAUGGUGGCAUCUAGGCCCUGCCUCCCUGGGGGCUUUGGUCCCAGGGGCUGGGGAGGAGGGGCAUUACUGUACCACCUCAUCCCCUUGCACUGACAUGUCAUACCUUUUCUUCUUUCUUUUUUAAAAUUUUAUUUAGAAAUUUUAUAAACUGAUGUACAGGACUUGGUUUUCUAGUUCACUUAACGCUACUUGAAUCUUUAUAUGAUCCAAAAUCUUCCCAAACCAGAUUUUUUUUUUUUUUACUAGUUCUUGGUGGGGCAUAACUGGUUCCUUUUAAGGCAGCAAAGGGAGAGAGGGGGCAGUGAUGUGGGGUGGGUGCUGUACCCCUCCCUGGUGUAGGGAUGGCUGGUGGAACAUCCCACUCUCCCCAGCGCUGCUCCUUUUCCAAGGCAGGGCUGGCAAACAGCCCCUACUCCUUCUGGGCUGAAAUCCCACCCAUGGAGCUGUGGAAGGAGCAGCAAUAAAAGUGUUUUGAAAGGA